AUGAGCACUACCCCAAAAGACAGGGAGAGAAACAGCCCCAUGAGCUCCUCCGAGGGUCUCAGUGGUUCUCUGAGUCCACGAUUAGUGAGACCGACGGCGCCUCCGGUUAAGAAACAGCGCUCCUCCUCGAUGAAUUCCGUCGGCUCAAAUCACUCCUCCCAUCAGCGAAGCAUGUCUAUCAUAAGUCUCGAGCUGCCACGGAACCUGAUUAUUUCGGUGGAUGAUAACUUUUUGAAACCGUCCCGCAACGAUAGCACCGCCAGCUUGAGCUCCAUGGGCGUGGCGCUGCCCAAUGAGCCGGCUAAGGAUAACUACAUCAUAACUCAUAGGCACAAGCUCCGUCACAAGAACAACACCAGCGCCAUAAUGCUGGACGAGGACUCGGAGCUGGAGAUCCAGAUCGGCAAGGCCCGCUGGCGCCGCAAUUCCAGCGAGAAGCGCGUGUCGUCGUUGCUGAGUGUCAAGAAGGACUACAAGUUCAAGUUUGACAAGAAGAAGUCCAAGAGCCACCUGGCCACUUCCAACCCGCAACCCAGCGUGUCGUUCACACAUCCUCCUGCGGCGGCGGUCCUCGAAGAUCCCGUCUCGCUGCCUCUUUCCCUCCAUGAAGCAUCUUUCCCCUCACUCACAAAUGUUCUCCACCAUCAGCAUCAUCAAAACCAGCACCUGCAUUCCUCCCAGCAUCAGAACACUAACCAGUCACCUCCACCGCCACCCCCUCACCUGCCGAGCACCCUAUGGGGCCAGAACUCUCUGAAGUCACAGUCUCCAGGAAGCAUAAGCCCAGACGAUACUGAAAUUCUGGGCCAAUUGCGUACUCCAAGCAAGAAGGUCCGCAGCUCCUCUAUCACUCAGUCCAUGUUCUUGAAGAGGCGCAUGCUUCUCCUGAAAGACCUCCAAUUGGAGUUGCUCGAGCUGAAUGCCUCUCCAAACUCAUCUCCAAACGUCAUGAGCUCCGACACGAAAUUUCCCACCCCAGCACUGCCCCAGCCCCACAGACCCGGCCUGAGUAUCAUCGACGACAAUGUCUCUCCAUCACAAACCUUUAAUCCACUUCGAGCUCUCCGUUCGCCAUCUCCUCCACCUCAAUGCUUCUUUGCAGAAGAGACCAGCACGAGGCAGCAGAACAAACUCAUAACCGAGCUCAACCGAAAGUGGAACAAAGGUGUGUUUGACUCAUCAGAGAAACGUCCUGAACUCAAAGAUCCUUUGAUGGCAGUACCAGCCCCAUCAAGGAAAAGGGAUCGUUCCGAGCUGGUGUCCAGUUCGGACAGCCAUGCUAUCUACUAA